ACUGAGCAUGCUCUUGUAUGAUCACGUAAAAUGGCGCGUACUGUGAAACUCAGAGGAGGUUUUGAAUAUUCGAACAUUUAAUCGGAAUUAUAUAAUAAUUUAGCAACUCAGUAUCGAUAGAGAAAACCUGAUGGCAACCCUUAUACAAAAUGGAAAUGAAGUAAUUCAGGAAAACAGAGAUCAUCGGAGCGAAAGUGUCCGUAAUGUUGUGGAUUUAACAAGAGGCACCAGUGAUGAAGUGCAAGACAUGGAAAUAGAGACGAACAACGAACAGCAAACUCUGAAUCAGGCAGAAAACACAAGCACACAGCCAGUGAGAGAUGACGUUCACGUGCAGGUGCUACAACAAAAUGCAACUCCUGUGGUUGGAAGAACUGUUCAAGUCUUGGAGAGUUUACCGGUGAAUUCUCCUGAUGAAUUUCAAAACAAGGCUUCAAAAUCUUCUAAGACAAGGUCUUCAAAGGCUAUAAAGUCACCUCUAAAAUCACCCGAGAAAGACGACGAUGUAAGUUUAGUAGGAGCCAUUUGUUGUUGUCAAACACUCAGAGAAUUUAAGUACAUUUAUCUCUUCCUGUCCGAGCCUAAAUGGAGGGUUGCAGAAGCCCAGAGUCCAUGACUUCUGAUAAAGUUGUAGUUUCUCUCUCUAAACUGUCUUAUGUUUGCUUAUGAAAAAGCAGGAGAAGCUCAAUGCAUGCACCUAUUCAUCAUUAAGGAAAUACUAAUCAUGCUUUUCCUUUUAUUAGUCGCAGUGUUGUCCAAUUUGUUUUGAACCUUGGUCAAACUCAGGUUCACACAGACUCUCCUCACUUAGCUGUGGACAUUUGUUUGGAAGAAGGUAAAUACUUUUAAGAUUGUUGAACAUGAGGGUAAAAAUCAGUCUAUAAAGGUGACAUGCAAAAUAUCAGGCAAUCUAACUCAAGAAAAAAUAGCCCCGGUUGGUGGAAUGUAGUAAGCAGGCUGAGGUGGCUCCCUCCAGUGUUGAACAGCACGAAAACAAUGUUAUAGACUAAUCAUAUGGAAUUUUGUUCUGGCCACAAUACCUUUAAUCUCACUGCUGGCUCAACACUCUCUUCCAUGAGAGCCAAUGUGAAACCGAGACAAGAAAAUGGUGCAACACUCCAUCACAAGAGCUUGCUUACCGGGUGGUAAAACGGUAAUUCACUCCACCUAAAUCUAAACUAUUUGCUUGACUUUAAAGUUACAAAAAUUGUACUUAGGAAACACAUUUCUCACAUUUUGUUUUUGCCAUUUUCUCAUUAUGUUAACUACUGAGAAAGACAGAAAUUCAUGAUAACCCAAAGAACUGGUAGGAGUAAAUUUUCCAGUGAGUAGAUGAUGGAGUAAAAUCCUGGGGGAGGGGGUACUCCUGGGAAUUCUUGGUUCUUGGUGGGGGUGUGCUGCCUGGUCCUCCAAAUCCUGACCCUAUUUAAGACCAAAAAAGGAUAUUUUCCACACCCAUUUGCAGACAUAGCCUCUAAAAUGCAUACCUGUUUACCGACCUAGAGGUGGGCACAAAACGCAUCAUUAUAUGUAUACGUGGAAGAGAAAUUAUGUCAUCAUUGCUGGGAUUAAAACUGUAAAAAAAAAAAAGAUUUCUAAAAAAGAAUUCAUUUCAAAUUCCUAUAUCACUCUUUCUUUCUUAUAUAUUUAGAAUUGAAACAACAAACGCAUUGAUACACAACCGUAGUUCCUUCAUAAACCAUACCUGAUUACAGACCAAAAUGGGCAAAAUCUAUUCUUGUUUUCAGACCAAAAUGGCACAAAACCCCCUACCCUUUAGGGCAGCACAUACCUAUUUGGCUUAUAAAAGGAAGUACCGCCCUCCCCCUGGGAGUAAAAUGCUCCAGUCAGUAGUUAUUCAGUUUUUAUCAAGCAAUUUUGAUGUACUUGGGUAGUUCACCUAUGGAUUCUAGGUUUGAGCUGAAUCCAGGGAUCAACAUAGUUUUAUGCUGCAGGAUAUCAGGACUAUCGGGGUCGAUUUGCAAGAUGAGAUCAGUGGGCAAAAAUAUUCUUUCUUAUGAUUCUGUAUGAAACAAGCCUGCUGGAAAAUACACACAAACUGGAUAAUGAAAACGUGGAACCUGCUAUCGAAAUAGUCCAGUCGUAGUUUGUUUACCUUUAGUCGAGUUAGGCUGGCUGCUGAAAACAGUCAGCUGAAAGGAACACUCAACGCAUAUAGCUCAACCAUGGAAAAUAUACCUAAACCUACUGCAUAUAGGCCCCCUAGUUAUAUCUGAUAAUGAGCACCCUCCAGAUAAUAAUUAUUAUAGGCCCCCCUCUUACUUGUAUUGGAACAAAGUUGAUUUAUUAUAAUAUUGUUUUGACCCAGUGGCCUCCCAAACGUGCAGUGUAGUUUGCAGAGCAAUCACUAAUGGAUUCAAUUGUCACGUGAUAAUUUAUUUAUAUUAUUAUAUUAUUAGUGAACACAGUGUAUGGGAGUAUGUUUGACCUGAGGAGACUGUGAAGCCGUCAGUUGGUAUUAAAAUGCUAAUUGCCUCAUAUCUUUUCAACAGUUGUAUUGAAAGAUGGUUAAAGGCAAAAGGCGGAAAUGACAAAUGUCCACAGUGUAAUGCACCAGCAAAGAAAAAAGACAUCAGAAACAUUUACACCAAAGCAAUAAAGUCUAUAGAUACAACUGAACGUGACAGGGCACUUGCAGAUUUGGAGAAAGAGAAAGAUGCUCGUCAGAAAGCAGAGGAAAGGGAAGCUCGAGCUCUCUUGCAAUAUCAGUUGGCUAAAUCAGAGUGCGAAAGAAUAACAACUCAGCUUAGGAAACAAGAGCAACUGGUUUUAAAUUUACAGACACAAAGGCAAGAAAUGACAUUGUAAUAUUUUUUUUCAGUAUGACCUACAUGUAGGUGACUGUAUUUUACUGACCAGGGCUCAAAAUUGCGACUAAUACAGUCACCUGAAUGCGACUGACAUUUUCUCCUUGGCAACUUUAAAUACUGGUUUAGUUGUCUCUUUGGCAACCAGAUUUCUCUAUGAUCUAGGUUUAGAUUUUAAGAGUGUAGUUAAAACAAACAUUUCAUCUUAUUUUGCUUUGCUUUUGUUAUAAAAAAUGCGCCAAAUUGCAUAAACAAAGCCACUUUACCUCGAAAUUUAUACCAACUUUUGUCCGUGAUAUUUUCAAACAAACAAAUCUGGUGGAUAGCGCCAUACACUGUACUAUGAGACGUGUCAUUUAAAUUAUACAAACUGGCGACUAAAAAUUUUCAUCUGGUGACUAUAUUUCUUCAGUUGGUUGCCAAAAGGCCUGCUGACAAUGUUAAACUUCUGAGUGUACAGGCUGUUGUAAAAAUAUCUUUGUAAUUAACAUUUUCCUUUUUUUGGCUGAAGGCAAACUACAUUGUUUUACACCUUAACCCUCACCUCAAGAAAGAUUGAGAGGUAUAGGGUUACAAACCCCAGUGCAUCUAUGUGACUCUAACUUGAGUCUGUGAACAAAAACCUUCUAAAAGCUACAAAUUUCAUUGAAAUUGAUUGUCUUUGCUUUUACUUUUGACUUCAAACUCUAUACAGGUCACUGCUGUGCAGUAGAUGCAAUUCUGAAACUGAAGGAGCAUCAGGUGGUAUAAGAACAUAUGGUCAGAGCACUGCAAGUCAGAGCUCACUAUCGCAGAACUCUUAUAUCCUUCAAACCUCCUUUCAAAUUGCACAGGUACAGUGUACUUGUUUUGAUAGGUUCACUGUAUGCUAUGAAUGAAUAUGCUACCUUUUUAAGAAAAAUUUAUAAGAUUGUGUGACAGUUCAAAAUUUUUUUAACCUAGGUUGAUUCUGUGCUUCCUUUGUCUCCUAUGCGUAGUCCUAAUUCAUGAAUAAUGAAUGGCACAUACUUUUUGGUUUGAUUUUCAAUUUUUGCAGGAUUGAGCUCAUUAUUGGUAGACUUCAACUUCUUUUGACGUGACAAACUUGGUUCUGUAUUUUUUAAAACUGAUUUCUGUUUUGUUUUUAAAAAAUAAUUUUCUCAAAAAGUUCCGUUUUAUUAUUAUUAAGACUAGUAUAGGUCAUAUAGCCCUGCAAGUCUACACAGUUGUUGCAUCUGAAUGAAGAGUUCCACAUACAAGCAAUAUUAAAAUGCAAAAAAUUUUAAAUAAUUUCCCUUUACAGAAUGGUUUAAGAGUGCUUGCAUUUGACAGACAUCAUGCCAUGUUGGUGGUAUCAAAACCGUCACCCAACAAUCUUUUUCCUGGCUACGGCAUUGUAAAGGUAAAGUUAAAUAUUAGCCUCCAAAAAUAUCAUUAUGUCUCUCUCAAAUUUGUAGGCUUGCAAUAUCUGCAUAUAAAGGUUUGCUUUGUAACGUACUUUAUGCUGCAGUCAAGCAUUUUUCUGACUGAGCAAAUUUUCAAGAAAAUACCUGUAUUUCUGUCCAAUUCAGGUGAGCUCUUUGGACUCCAAACAUUGUGAGUUUGUACGUAUUCACCAGAAGCCUCUGCGUGAUGUGGCAUUUAGUUGCCGUGGUGAUGGCUUACUGCUGACAGCUGGAAUGGACAAGACUGUCAGAGUCACAAGUAUGCUAAGUAACGCUGUUGUACAGACGUAAGUUAGGAAGAAUUGUGCUUUACUUUCAUCUUCAUUAAACUACAUGAUUGUAUAAUGUAGCUAUUAUGAUGGUAACUCCUAAAACACAAUUUAAGGCUUAUGAAGCAAGACAACAACUGCAUGUGCAUCAUGCUUUUGUGCAUCCCUGCACAAUGACCAAAUCUUUUAAGACACAGUCCUCUCCUUUCAGCUCCAACCUAAUUUCCCUUCUUCUAGGUAAAUGGGUGGCAUGGAAAACUGACAAAAAAAAAAAAUUGAAAGGAAGUGAAGUGUGUUUUUAGUGACAUUUCAGGCUUGGCUUUCGUGAAAGCUUUAACUCAUUGUUAUAUUAAUGAUUAAUGUUAUUAAGUACGUAGUUCCUAGGUUGUUAUAGUUUUACUGUAAAUUAUUAAUUUUAGCUAUAUAUAUAAUUUUUUACUUAUAAAUAUAAAUUAAAAUAUAAUUUUCAGUUUUUUAAUAUUUAUAUCUAGUGUCUCCAAUUAGCUUCAUUAGCUAAAUACUCUUGACAUGUAAAUAAAAUUCAUCAUCAUCGUCAUCAUCAUCAUCAUUAUAGUGACGCCAUUGUUGUAAGGUCCUUACUGGGAUGCACAGUGCAGCAAUUUAUCAUUUGCGGUUACAUUGUACAUUCAAGUUUAAAAUUUGAAGAUCCUUAAUAGAUAGGAGAAGUCGUUAUGUCACGUUGCCAUGGUAGCAAAAUUUUUGGAUGACAACAAACCGAUAAAGUCACUUUAUAUUAAUAGUCUCUUUGCACUAUUUCAAACUUCACCGAUCUUAUUCAGUUUCAUUUAAUUUGGCAAAUCUUGGCGAAAUUUUCUUUGGGACUGUAUCUAUCAUCAUCUAAGUUUAGAAAAAGAAAGCAACAAUUUUUUUGUUGUGUUCACCUACUCAAUAAAGCGGGCUCGUGAAAUUAGGAAGUUUCAUGUCAUAGUGCUCCAACAACGGCAAAAAAAUGUACAAAAUAGCGUGAUGCAAGUGCAAAUUAAGUUGUUGUUUGCUAAAUAUAUUAUAUAAACAUUAUUUUUUGCCGUUCUCCUUGCCAUCGCCAUUGUUGUUGGGUUUGUUGACAUAGAGAAAUAAUGCUACUGUGGUAAUGUGACGUCACACUUCUCCUCUCUAUACAGGUCAGUAAUAAUAAUAUCAGUAAUACCGGUAGCUAAUUGUCCUUGUUUUGUUUUGAUCAGAUGGAUAUCUUCAAAUAAUAUUGGUUAAUGAUUUCUAUUAACCCUUUAAACCCAAAGAUCAACAUUUGAAUUCUCGUUUGUUGCCCCUAUUCAUUUCCUACAGAAGUCGUAGGGAGAAGUUGAUAAAAUAUCGAGCAAAUUCAUCUUGUGUGAUCAUGUCUGUAAUUCUCAUGACCACUUUUUUUUUUACAAAGCAUUGAUAUUACAAGGAGAAAUUUGAUGCUGAUCACUCUUAGGGCUUAAAGGGUUAACCAUUUAAUCAUUGAUUUACAAUAACGAGAACUAAUGAUCAAUGUUUGCUCAAUUUUAGUUAUAACACACCAGCCCCAGUCUGGUCUUGUGCCUGGAAUGAUUAUGAUACCAAUUAUAUCCACUGUGGCCUGCAGAAUGGCACUUGUUUGAUAUUUGAUGUCAGAAAUACAGACACCUAUCUAAAGAGUCUUCAGAAUGCAACUGGAGGCUCCUGUCCUGUCAUCUCUGUCGCUCAUGUGUCACCUGACCCAAAUGGUGAUCUAAGGUAAUGUCACUGUGUAACUAUUAAAUACUAUUAACACUGUAGCAAAGAAAAAUUCAUGUUAUUUUAACAAAUCAACAACAAUUUUCCAUGGUCUGUCUUCUUAUUGACCAUAGAAAUGAUGUCAAAAUGUUCACAACCCAAGUGAAACUGUGAGUGGUUUCACUGCAAUGUUUUGAACAUUUUUAUAUAAUUUCUAUGGUCUGUAAGAGUACAGACCAUGGAGAAUUGUUGUUGAUUUGUUUUUUGAAAUAACAAAUGAUUGGCAGUUUUCAUGUCCAUUUCUGUGUAAGUUUCUUGGAAAAUCAUGCACGCCAGAAAGAGAAAAACAAUUUGCCCUAUCAUCACAUCAUUUCCAUGGCCUGUACUCUUAUCAAACAUAGCUCACGACUAAUAAGCUUGCAAGAAAUCUCCCAGUUAUGGCAAGAACUCGGUUUCUGCCAUGGAGAGAUACACUGUAGAAUCAUGUUUAAAGCAAAAUAAGUUUCAACACUGUGACUAUUACCAAGGUUUCCCUUAAUUAAUGUGACGGUUACUGUUUGUUGUAUCGAAUAAACUCAUUGCAACUAUCUUUUCCCCAAUUUGAUUUUUGCGAUUGAAGAUUGCAUGAAAAGACCUAUUAAAUUAUACAAUAUAUUGUAUUGUGGUCUUGGUUGCUGUUGUGGAACCAUUUGUUUAGGUUCUGUAUUGUCCACUCUAUCUCCUUGUAGGCCCGGAGGAAUACUUGUGUGCAAGUUGGAGGGUGCGUCAUUCUGGGAAAAAACCACUGGAGCUGAUUACCUACCACAUCAACUGACACUGCCUGAAGGUACUUAGAAAGCAGAUUGAAGGUUUUAGCACGGUCUUAAUCAAUGUAACAGUUCAGCUUUUUUGUAUGAAUAAUUUUAGGACAUGUACAUAGUGCAUGAUAUGCACUAUGUGUAGACUACACUUUGUCAAAAUCUAAUUGGUUGUAGUGUCAGGGUAUUUAAACCUGUCACAUUGUCUUUUCUCUUGUACAGUUUCAAAAUAAAUGUAAACCUUGUUUAUUUCACUUUUGCUAUGGUUCUUUGUUGACACUUCACCUGAGCUCUUUCUUUUUUUAAUAUCCAGAGGGUUCAAAGCAUGCAAAUGUCAAUUGUUCAGGUCUAGAACUUAUUUGGGUAUGAUUACAUUCAUACAUUCCAUUCAUUGUUCAGGACAGGUGGAUCCAUAAAAAGCUGAAAGUACCAUAACAACUGCUCAAAAGAAGUGACCUUCUGAAAGAAACAAUAAAAUUUCACAGGUGUUUGGAAAUCAUGAAAGUAGCGAUCCCUCUCUGAAAAUAACCAUCCCCUGAAAAAGGGAAGGUUUACCUACCUAAACACUGAAUACAGUGAAAGUGAUAAUACACAUGUAAGUAAUUUUGAUUUUGAAAAUGAUUUUGUGUUUAUUCCAGGAUCCUGUACAAGUCUGUCAUUUGAACCAUCAACUCGACACUGUAUGUUCUCUCUUCGCCCUUCCAAGAACUUUCCUCAUACAAGACAUUUGGUACGUUUGUUAACAUUGAUCAAACAAGAUGUGUUCUUGUAGACACCAUUCCAUCAUACAGAGUCAAACCAUGGGAAUAUAAUAUUAUUGUAUAAUAAAUAUAUGAUUAUUUUUUGAAUUGUGGUGAAUUUUCUUUAGGUUUGCCAGUUACAAGGAAAUGGUGUAGGGGUGUCUACAGCUCGGGCUGAAGCUGAAAGAUCUGCAGAUGCAGAGACCACUGAACAGGGUAUGUAAGACUUCUUGGCCUUUUCAUUUCUUAUAGCCCUUGUUCAAAGGAAUAUUACAACAUACAGAAAGAAGAACUUGAUUAGGUGAUGUGACCCUUGUGAUACCAAAAAAAGCAAAUUAAGGGCCUCUUUACAUGAGCCCAGUAUAACACAAUGGCCCGCUUACUGGGAUGAAUUAUGCCUUGGGUUCCUAUGAGAAAUUUAAGCCCAGGAUCCGAGUUAAGAAAAGGCCAAACAUCCUGGGGACAACUUCUGGCACAAAUUCAAGAAAAAAAGUAAACAUGGCAAAACAAAAAUUUACUUGUAUAACUCUCCAGCCUGUCAUAGCUUUGGCAACUCUAAUGGCUGAAUAGGAUGCUUAUGAUGUGGAAAAUAAAGCAGGCAAACCAAGACGAUGUCAUCCGGGCUGCCAAAUUAACCCGCUUUCAUCCUGGUAACCAUGCUGAAGUGUGCAUAAGGCAAAAUUUUCCAGCCUGCUUACCAAGAUCCUGGAUAGAUCAGAUCUUGGGAACUGAGCCAGCCUGUGCUCUCAUAUGAACACAUCAAAUAUUUUACCAGGGAUUAAGGGGUAAGGCAAUAUCUUGGAAACCGAUCCAGCCCAGUCAACCAGGCUCUUGUAAAGAGGCCCUAAAUUUCUUCAUAUUUAGACAGUCCAUACAGUCUGUACAUAGGAUACUAAAGACUUGAAUGCAGACUGCAAAACAGUCUGCUUUUUUCUCAAAAUCGGUUUUUUGACAUGCCCACAUGGGAUUUUUGCCCGUAGGGCAUGUGAGGCGAAAGAGUCUCACACUUUUUCCCCUUGCUCCAGGACUUUCGUUUGAUUGCUCCCCCAUUCUUGACCUGCAAAGUAUUAUUAUGCAAAAAUAUGGGCUGUUUUGCAGUCUAACUUGAAUGUACAGUGGAUUUUUUAACUUGAAUUCUACUAAAAGUUGAAGGCAAUUCAACAGAAAUAAAGGGGCUCCUUUGAAAAAUAGAGUUCAGCACUCCAACAGUGAUUUGAUUUUUAAAAUUUACUUGACAGAAGCCAGUCUCUGUACAUGUCAACCCAUCAAUCAGUGUGUGGGUGGCCCUACACAGAAACUUCUAAGCAAAUCAAGAUUAUUUACCAGCCCAGAUGAUCAUAACACCUUGAUGGUGGCUGCUGGCGACGAGAGCUCCUCGUCGGUAAGUGAUAUGGACAGGUAACACAAACUAAGUUGUUGUCAAUUUGUUUGUUACAAUAACAUUGACAGUUUUAAACAUCCAUUACUAUUGAAGUUUCUCAGAAAAUUGCACAAGGACAAUCCCACAAAGACAAAAAGACAGUGUUUCACAAUCAUGUCAUUUCUAUGGUCUGUACUCUUAUCAAACAUAGCCCUUGACCAAUAGACCUUUUUACCGAUACAGCGGCCAUAUUGAAUUAAUUUAAAUUAAUUUAAUUAAGGAGUAUUAUAGGAUGUCCAGGGGGCACGAGCACAUUUCAUUUGUAUUUUCGGGCGCUUUUGGGACAUUUUUUCUUAAACUUUUCUUAGAAUGAGAUUGUAAUGGGAAAAAAGAUCCCUGUGCCAUGUUUGGAUGUGGUAAUGAUCGCCUUUUUCCCGAGAAAUAUACAGUGAAAGACCAUAUUUCUAAUACUAAACUAGAAAAAGGCGAUCAUUAUUACAUCCAAACAUGGCACAAGGAUCUUCUCUCUCAUUACAAUCUUAUUCUAAGAAAACUAAGAAAAAAUGUCCUGAAAAGCACUCAAAAAUACAAACGAAAUGAGCUCAUGCCCCCUGGGCAUCCUAUAAUACUCCUUAAAUCGAAUUAAUUGAAUAUGGCCACUGUAUCGGUAAAAAGGUCUAUUGGAAUAUGAGAAGUUACUCAGUUAUUGAAAAAUUACAUCUAGAAAGCACACAGCAAAUGCAAUUCAAAUUACGGACAUUUGGUUUCCUUGUAGACUUUAAUAUGGAAUGGAAGGAAUGGAAGUCAGCUACAGAAACUACCCAACCAAGGAAAAGAGACUUUAGAUGUUCUUCCAUUUGCUGCUAACGGAAGUGACUUUCUGGCCACAAUUGAUGAACAGAAAUUAACCGUGUACAAGUGGCAACAUCUAUAAUGGACACCAUAUUAAAAUUGAAGUAAUUGAAUGAAACCCUGUGGAAAUGUCUCGCCAGGAAGAUAAUAACUUUGACCUUGUCAUUUAUU